AUGGAGCAGCUUGUGAUAGUCACUGGUGCUAACAGUGGCAUCGGUCUGGCGUUGUGUCAGAGACUGCUCACGGAGGACAGGGGGCUUCGGCUGUGUUUGGCCUGCAGAGACAGCGAGGAAGCUGAGGCUGCCUACCGUGCCCUCAUCGCCUCCCACCCCGGCGCCCACGUGGACCUACUGAAGGUGGAUUUGGGCUCGGUCAAGUCUGUGCUCAGAGCUGCUGCGGAAGUCAGAGCCAGAUACAGCAGGGUUGAUUUUUUGUACCUGAACGCUGGAAAAAUGACCAAACCAAAAGUAGACUUAAAGGCAUUUUUUAAAGGAUUUUUUUCCAGGAAUGUGAUUCAUAUGCUUGAAACAGCCAAGGGGAUCCUAACUCAGGAGAACCGGGUUAACUCAGACGGGCUGCAAGAGGUUUUUGCCACAAACCUUUUUGGGCAUUUUCUCCUGAUCAGGGAGCUGGAGCCGCUGCUUUGUCAGUCUGACCACACGUCCAGGGUCAUUUGGACGUCUUCUGGUAACGCCUGGCGAUCUGCCUUCAGUUUGGAGGACUUCCAGCACAAACAAGGGAACGAGCCCUAUAGCUCAUCUAAGUAUGCCUCCGAGUUGCUCAGCCUGGCUCUGAACCGGCACAUGAACAGCCGGGGGCUUUAUUCAUCCGUUGUCUGUCCGGGUAUGGUGAGGACUAAAAUGACUGAAAGAAUCUUGCUCCCUGUCUUCUGGAUUCUAUUCAUGCCAAUAAUGUGGUUGAUGAGGAUAUUCACCAACACAUUCACCAUAACACCAUAUAACGGAGCUGAAGCACUGCACUGGCUGUUUCUUCAAAAACCUCAGUAUCUAGAUCCAAGGUCCAAGUAUUACAGUUUGACCUCCGUUCUUGGAAGAAACUACAUACAACCUCAAAAAAUGGACCUUGAUGACUCCAUGUCUGAGGAUCUUUAUUUGAAGCUGAUGGAACUUGAAAAUGAAGUUAAAAGAAAACUGUGACAUCAGAACCCUUUUGUAUUAUUACUGCGCAGCAUAUUCAUCUU